GUCUUGUACAGGUUUACCGGCCCCUCCCCUUCAGUCUUGUACAGGUGUACCGGAUCCUCCCCUUCAGUCUUGUACAGGUGUACCGGCUCCUCCCCUUCAGUCUUGUACAGGUGUACCGGCCCCUCCCCUUCAGUCUUCUACAGGUGUACCGGCCCCUCCCCUUCAGUCUGGCUACAGGUGUACCGGCCCCUCCCCUUCAGUCUGGCACAGGUGUACCGGCCCCUCCCCUUCAGUCUGGCACAGGCGUACCGGCUCCUCCCCUUCAGUCUGGCACAGGUGUACUGGCUCCUCCCCUUCAGUCUGGCACAGGCGUACUGGCUCCUCCCCUUCAGUCUUGCACAGGUGUACCGGCCCCUCCCCUUCAGUCUUGCACAGGUGUACCGGCCCCUCCCCUUCAGUCUUGCACAGGUGUACCGGCUCCUCCCCUCCUGUCUUGCACAGGUGUACCGGCUCCUCCCCUCCUGUCUUGCACAGGUGUACCGGCUCCUCCCCUCCUGUCUUGCACAGGUGUACCGGCUCCUCCCCUCCUGUCUUGUACAGGUGUACCGGCUCCUCCCCUCCUGUCUUGUACAGGUGUACCGGCUCCUCCCCUCCUGUCUUGUACAGGUGUACCGGCUCCUCCCCUCCUGUCUUGUACAGGUGUACCGGCUCCUCCCCUCCUGUCUUGUACAGGUGUACCGGCUCCUCCCCUCCUGUCUUGUACAGGUGUAUCGGCUCCUCCCCUCCUGUCUUGUACAGGUGUAUCAGCUCCUCCCCUGGACUGAAAUGGCUUCCUCUGAAUUCACUGCACACUGUGGUCUUCUCACCAUGAGCAUUAGAAGCUGCAGCCAAUCAGACAGAGCUCCG